UAAUUAUUUGCAUCGAUUUAUUGUUCUAACCAAAGCCAGUUACUGUGACGUCACGGAGAGUAAGUGCACUUAACUGCACUUGCGAAAACAAUUGCACUGUGAGCUGCGGCGUUGAGAGGGAGAGCGGAGCAGAAAAAAGCUAAAAUGCAUCAUUGGAGCCAUUGGAACUGGAGCUGGACGCUGCUGGUUGUUUCGGCCCUGCUCCUGGCGGUGGCCAGCUCGGAGGAAUGCGGCCAGGAGGAGUUCAGCAAGUGCGCCGAACCACUUGAUAUGCUGCAUUUAACGUCGGAGUUUUCGAUUGGUCCUGCCAAGAAGGAGGACCUGGACAAACUUUGUCAUGAACUACGGAAGGGGGUGCGCUGCAUCCAGAGCUAUACCAGGCGGUGCAUGGACCUUCAGCAGCGGAAUCAGUUCAACAAGCUCUACCACGGCACCAACCAGUUCAUCCGUGACCUGUGCAACAAGGGCGAGUUCCAGGACGAGUACCUUAAGCACAUACCCUGCUCUGAGAUGGCCAAGAAGGAGUACGCGGUCUGCGCCAAUCGCUACAAGGAGACCAUGGUGUUCCUGAAGCCCAGCAAGAACCAGGAAAGUCAGGAGAACGGCACUCUCAACGAGAACAUCAAAACCAUUUGUUGCUCCAUUAAUGAGCUCGUGGAUUGCUCUGAAAACGCGGCCCGCAAAAUCUGCGGUAACGAGGCUGCCAAAUUCACCCGGGAACUGGUCGACAAAUACGCCAAUAGCCUGACCAAGAUCUACUGCGAGGACUUUACCCGCAAUCCGGGCAUCUGUCGGGACGGCGAGGGAAACGGUUCUAAUCGUUCGAUGCAGAGCAGUUUUGGCAUUUUGGUGGCCGGAACAGUACUCUCGCUGCUGGCCAGCAGAGGUACCAGAUAGAUGGCAUCCACACAGUCGAGUGGAACACGGCGCAAACCAGUCUUACCAAACGGAAAUUAACGAUGCUACUGAGAUGAGAAAAAAUGGAGAAAUAAUGGAAUAAUAGUUAAGGUUUCCCCCACACGUCACACCGAUGGAAUUCCACACGCAGUUGC